AUGUCAUCGAACAAAAGACAUCAGCCGUGUGGAGCAGACAACAGAAAAAAGAAGAACAAAAAAGAGAAUAAUGAUGAACAAGAACAACAUGCUACGUCUAGAGAAGAUAAAGUAGAUGAGAAUAUGAAUGUUGUGAAUGAGGAAGAGGUGAAAGAAAAAGAUGAUGAGGAUAAGAAUGGAAGUGAAAAGAGUGGUAAUCUCGAGGAGCCUUGUGGAUACAUAGAUAUGUAUGAUCUUGGAAAUUGGGACAACAUAAAAAAAGGAUGGACUGAGUGGAGAGAUUUUAUGGUUGUACAAGGUCCUGCGAAAAGAUUGCCAAUAGAUUACAACUUUCCCAAGGAUGGUGUUAAGAGACAUUUCUCUCAUUUGCAUUAUACAAGACAAUUGGGUGAUGGGAAAAAACAAGAUCGGCGUUGGCUACUUUAUUCAAAGAAAAUAAACAAAAUCUUUUGUUUCUGCUGCAAAUUGUUCAGUAAGAGUGACAGUAGUCAAUUGGCAUCUGUGGGGUUCAGCAAUUGGAGAAAUGUAUUGAAAAUGCUUAAAGAACAUGAAUCUGGUCGUGAACAUAUAUUAUUUAUGAAGCAGUGGGCAGAACUAGAUCUCAGGCUGCAAAAGAAUCAAACCAUUGACAAAUAUGCUCAAGAUGAAAUCAACAAAGAGAAAAUCCAUUGGAGACAAGUGCUGCUUAGGAUAAUUUCUGUAGUGAAAACUCUUGCUAAACAAAAUUUAGCAUUUCGUGGAAGCAACAAAAAGAUUGGAGAAGAAGGUUGUGGGACUUUCUUAAGCUUUAUCGAGAUGAUUGCUGAUUUUGAUCCUGUGAUGAUCGAACAUCUUAGGAGAUUUAAAGAACGUGAAUCUCGUACUCAUUAUCUCAGUGGCAGAAUUCAGAAUGAGUUAAUAGCUUUGUUGGGCAAUGAGAUCAAAGGUAUGAUCAUCAAGAAAAUUCAAAUUGAUGAUACAUAUGGAGAAAGGCUUUUUCGUGAGCUGCAAGAUGUCUUGGUUGCUUUUGAUUUGAAAAUUGAUGAUGUGAGAGGACAAGAUCGUGUAGAUGGUCUAACAUUUAAGUCUUUGUUGAAUACUCGUUGGGAGAGCCAUUUUCUUAUUUUCAAAAAUAUAGAGAUUCAGGUUUUGAGAAAGCAAAUUCAGAGGCUAAAAUACUUGCAGAGUCUAUGGAGAUUGAGGCUGUGUUCCCCAAGCAAGGAAAGCGGACUCAAGUUCAAGGAUGAACCUGACAUAGACUUUGAAGAUUGGGAGGAUGAUAAGGGAUUUUGGAGCAGGGUGUUGAAGCAGAACAGGAAGAUCAGCUUAUUGAGUAUAAGGACUGAGCAUCUUCAAGUCUGUAACAAGUGGACGUAUGUGGACAGGGUGAGGCUAGUGUAUCUCUGUAUUAUCCAAGGAUACCUCAUAGCUAAGGAUGAUAGAGUUUCUAUCCCUCUAGAAUACAUCCGCUUGGUGAUGGAUUUUGGUAAGAUGAGGAUGUUUCCUUGGGGUCUUCACGCGUAUGAUGAGCUGAUUGAUUCAAUACGCAAAGCAACCAAAGAUCUACAUCUGAAGAACAGUUACGUGUUGGAUGGAUUCUCCAUUGCAUUUCAGAUAUGGGUUAUGGACGCAAUCCCCGACAUUGGUACUAUGGUGGAUCAAAAGUUCAACAAAAACAUUACCAAAGUGUGA